UCAAAAAACCACGAACUGCUUCCAAAAUACUCCGACGCGGCAAUAAUUCUCCAACAAGAAUAUCCAAAAACAAUAUCUAAACCGAAUAACUUAUGAAUUUUAAUUAACUAAACAAAAUCGUGAAAGAAAAAAAAUAAAGUGGAAAAAUCCCAGAAAUUCUGUGAAUCAUCAAAUCCCGAUUGAUUCCGGAAAUGAAUUUCUUUAGUUUUCUGGUUCGUGCUCCCGGGGAUGAUUUCUCAUGGACUCUAGAUCGUUCCAGCGAUCAGUGAUUGAUAACCAGUGGUACCUCAGUGCGACUGUCUCUCACCCAGACGAGGGUUUCUCCAGUCCAAUAAUUUCGCUUCAUUCCCCCAAGAAUGGAGAAUUACUUGAGCACCCAAGAAGAUACGUCAAAUUACAAUAGCUACUAUCUCAAUUUAUCCUGUAAUGACUAUGAAGUGCCAUCAUCCAGAGAUUUCCUGAAUAGUUUAGGAGUUUUUGGGACGAUAUUCGUUAGCAUCGGGGCAAUUUUGGCGACUGCCACCAUCGGCCUCACCCUCGAGGCCUGCUCUCGUCUCAUUUAUCAGGUCGAAUCCAAAAACUAUAAGACUAAUUGUGUGUUUGUACUUUCGGUUUAUCCAGUUGCGAGUACCUGCAGUCUCAUUGCUCUGGCGAUUCCAAGAGCACAACUCCUGACGGAGGCUGUAACCCAAAUCUCCCUCACGAUAUCGAUGUAUCGUCUUUACCUUCUUCUCAUCGAUAUCGGCAGAAGAAAGGUCACAGGUGCACCCCCGAUGCUCCUGAGAGUUGGUCCCUGUUGUUGCUGGCCAUGUCUGCCAUUCCCCAGUAUCCAAUUGAAUGAGGCCAAUUUGUCGUGGCUGCAAAUAAUCGUCAUGCAGUUUCCUAUCGUCCAGGGUAUCGUCUACGUUAUUUUCCUCAUCAUGCACUUGGAAAAUCCAGUGAUUUAUGGUAAAUACAACGUGUGUCUCCAACCCAUAUCCAUCAGCAGUAUUCUUCUGGCACUUUACGGAUUGAACAUCACAUUCAUGAGUCUCAAGGAUAUUAAUCCUGAAUUGAGACUUCGACUGAAGGCGACGGUCACUCAAAUGGUUUUGCUAUUCUCCAAAUUACAACUGGCAAUUAUCAGAGCUCUCCCAGCUGUCGGAUUAUUCCCAUGCAAUCCACCGAUAACACCGCAGAUCUACGCUAAUUUUACCUACAACGCACUGAUGCUAAUCGAGAUGUUGCUGCUCUGCUACGCGGCGAGGCAUCUAUAUACGGAACAAAGACUGGACAAGGAUCCAGCAUCCGCUGUACCUGAAGAGCAUCGCUUGAAGACUGAAUUAAAAUCCACAAAUAUCGUUAGCCAUAAUAAUAAUAACGGUGUGCAAUUGACUGUUGGAGUAACCAACAUGGGUUUUCAGUGAUAAAAAACUGAUUAGAAAAUAAUAACUGCACAAUUUAUUCGUUACAAUUCAAUAUUAUAUAACUAUUUUUAUAUAUUCGGUAAAGACUUGAGAUAAUUGCACUGAAAUAAGAAGUUAUGUCUGUUAUUUAAAUGAUAUUCAGGUUGAGAGCUUUAAAUUCAGAUUGAAUUAUGAAAAUUACUUGGACUCGUGUUCUCUACGUUUUUUUUUUCUCUG